AUGUCUAUUGGAGACCAAAUGCAAAUGCAAAUAAAACAAUGGCCUCCAUGGUCUGAUCUUCCUUCUGACCUUGCGUCAAACAUAGCAGAGCGUCUAGGCCCCAUCGAGCUUCUGAGUUUCCAGAGCGUCUGCAAAGCUUGGAACUCUGCUUCUUCCACUGCCUCAGCUAAAAUUGAAUCCACACCAGACUUUGAACCCUGGUUUCUACUGUAUGCUGAGGAUUCUGAUCAUAAUUGCCAAUUGGUCACAGAAAGUGGUAAGAAGUUCUCCGUGAGACUUCCGGAACUGGAUGGAACAACUUGCCUUGCAUCGAACCAAGGAUGGCUUCUUUUGUUCAAGAAACGAGGUCUUGAAGGUGAAGCUGUUGGUAAUUGUUGUGGCGCUUCAUCACUGUUCUUCUUUCGGCCCUUCUCCGAAACAAAAAUAGACCUUCCGGGAUGCCCUUUCUUGGAGCUCUCUGAUCAUGUUGCAGCAUUUUCGUGUGUUCCAACUUCCCGGGAUUGCCAGUUUCUGUCAUAA